AUGGAUAACAUAGAUAUCAUUUUUGAUGAGUUGAAACGAAAUGAAAUUGAUGUUGAUAAGCAAACUUUAUGGAUUCAUAUAAAUACAAUGAUCAACCAACAUCGAGAUAUAUACCGUGAAAUGAAUACUCAUGAUCUAAACCUUGAACAAGUCUACAGAGAGAUCAAUGUUACAAACUUUGGUCGUAUUCUCACCCGAGGUGUUGACCAGUAUAGAGGGGUCGGGUAAUCGGUAUGGUGUAUUUAGCUUUCGUAUGUUUACAAAAGGAUAGCGAAGAAUCUAUUCGUCACAAUGUACAAAAAAACAUCGAGACCUGUCGAAUUUUUAGUAUUCCCAAACAUGAACCAAAUAGUAAACUUCCAAUUUUAAUAGCGCUCUCACUUACACUAAUAGCUUUAUAUGUCAGUCUAUAAUUACUGCCUGAUUAAUUUCGUUCUAACCUCUGACGUCAAAGGAUGAGUUGUUGCUGUGAAGGCCUACCACAAAUAACCCUCCGAAAUAUCUUUCGGAGUAUACGUUGUAUUUCUGCUUGCUGUGGAAGAAAAAUUGUAAUUCAGGCCUCAGACAUCGAUGGCAGAGAAAUAUCUAAAUCAACUAUAUUACAACCCCGAAAGUCCCGCAAGCUUUGGUGGCGUACAUUCCAUUUAUCGCGCCCUGAAAAACGAAGGGAAAUAUCAGAUAUUGACAACGCACUUACUGAAAUUUGUCUUUAAAUAUUACUUGGAAGAGAAUGGCACAGCAACAUCGGAAAAUACGUGGUAAGUUGACUUUGAUUAUUUACAGCUAAGUAUUUAAGGCAAUCCUACAAUAUUUUUUGUGUGUAUAUUUUCAGGAGAGAUCGAUUCAUGGCCGAUCUCGAGAAUGAAGAAGUCAAUCGCCAACUUUGUGCCGUUGCCGUAGACGAUUUGUUUGAGUCUUGGUCGCCUGAAACCCAGGAAUGCAUGUUGGCUGAAUGGAAUGUGGCAAAAUGUUUACACGAUCCAACGACCUAA